GGUAAAUUGCAGACGAAACCGCGAAGCUGCUUCCGCUCCUUCGCGCCAGAUUUCAAACAACGGCGAAAUUUGCUGUAAUUAAUGGUAAAAAAGAGCUAUGCCGCUGUUUGGUAAGAAAAUAUUUAGUACAGUUAAGCCUCUGACUGAUGUAGAAGCCUCUGAGACGAUCUACACUAUUCCGCACACCAAGGAACAGUUUAAAUCCAAAGAUGAAUACACAAAACGUCAGUCCUGGUACAAAGAGAAAAUUUGGACUUGUAAGUGUACAGGACAUGUCAACCUAACUCAUGAAGAGGCCUGGAAUUCAGAAAAGCAGACUUAUAGUCUCCUAAAAAACCAGUUCCAAUCUGUUUAUGAAAAACCAGUUUUACAGCUAGUCCAUCAUAGCACCUUGCCUUUAGAGAGCAUUGUGGACCAAGCUUGGCUUAAACUUCAGCAGGUGCUUUGUAUUGGUGAAAAGGUUGUCCUGAAAAUAAAAGCUGCAGGGAAAGUAAUCCAAGGAGUUAUUGUGAAAGUUGAUGCUGCAGGAUGUCAGGUGAACCCGACCAGUAACUGUAGUUCACCUUCCAGUGAUAAAGAGAACAAAGCUGAAGAGGGAAACUCUCCCAAAAAAUGGACCCCACCCAAGUUACUGCCUUACAAAUACAGCUUCCGUCUGGAAGGAGAGGACAAGAUCAUAAAUGCUGUCCCAGCCACAGAUCUGCAGCGGGUUGAUAAACCUCCAUCAAAAGAACUCAUCCGAUUGUUCAUCCGAGCAUAUUCUGUAAGAUCUGGUCAAAACCCAAACAGUCCAUGGGUUGUCGAUGAAGACAAAGUGAAGGAAUUCAGUCUACCCAACAAGAUCAAUGAUUUCUUCCUAUCACCUGUCAAGGUUACAGAGGUGGCUAAAAAAGCAGAAGAAGAGAGGGCUAAAAAGAGAAAAUCCAAGUCCAAGAACGAGUCCUCAUCAGCGAAGAAGCUGAAGAAAGAGAAGACGGGGGAGAAGAGCAAGGACAACAAAAAACAGCUGACUUUGUCCCCGCUCAAGAAGAAGGUCCAAAAGACCCCCACAAAGCCUGCGGACGGUGAGGUAGAGGUGAUCACAUGCUCCGACUCGGAGAGUGAUGAGGAUAAACCACUGGCAGCUCUCAACAAAUCCAGUCCUGCCAAAAAAGUCACAGAAAAAAAGGAGAAAAAGAAACAGAGAGCACCAAAAGUCAAGAAAGAAAAGAAAGAGAAGUUGGCUAAAAAAGAAAAGAAAAAGAAAAUUGAGAAGAAGAACUUGUCCGACAGUGAAGAUGAACCCCUAGCAAAGCUCAAAAAGUCCCCCUCGAAAAAGAGUAUGAAGCAAAUGACCUUGUUUGACUUGUCCAAGAAAAAGGGAAUGAAAACUCCAGAUAAGAAGAAAUCAGGUUCUCUAAGAACCCCCGAGAAGGGGAACAAAACGCCGGACCGACCAAUCAAAUCUCCAAGGGCCAGAACUCCAGCUAUUGUGUCCAAAAUGGUUCGUGCUUUUAAGCAGAAGGAAGAAACCAAACUCAAGACUUUGGCAAUAAAAGCAGCUAAGCUCUUGACCUUGACGCAGAUGAAGAAACUUCCUGUAGAGGUCAAGGACAUUGUCAACAAAAGAUUUGAGUUCAUGCAAGAGAAAAAUAAAAUUGCAAAUAUGUCUGAAGAAGAAAAGGCGAAGUACAUCAAAGAGAAGAAGGACAAACAGAAGCAGGAACUGAAAGAAAAACAAAUCAAACUUAGACAGAAAUUUGAGGACCAAGAGUUGUCUGACCUGAAGUCUUUGCCAGUACCAAAACUGGUACCUACUCCAGAGGGGCUUCCAAACGAAUUGUUUGGGGACAUUGCCAUGGUAACGGAAUUUGUCAGCUGUUACUCUGGACUGCUCAUGCCAAAGGACGACUAUCCAAUCUACACAGAUGGGCUGAUGAAGGCGCUGUGCAGCGGUAAGGAGGGGUUCCUGUACAUCAGUCGGGUGCUGGUCGUCCUUCUACAGACUCUCCUCCAGGACCAAAUCUCAGAGGAUUACGAGGAGAUGCGGGUGUCUUUGUGUGACAUUGCGGUCAAUCCGUACACGGCCUCGGAGUUAGUCCGCCUCUGUCUGAGGAGACAGGAUGUGGAGGACCAGAGUACGAGUAACCUUAGCGCGGAGACUGACCUGGACGAGGAAGUGGUGAGUGUAGCCAUGGUAACAAGUCCAGCCCUGCCAUCUAUAGGACCUGAUGAGAUUAUACAGCAGUUGGAAACACAAGAGUUCUUUUCUCUUGACCCAAAAGAAAAAGUUCAGAUUCUGAAGGGACUUUGUUUGAGGAUUAUGGGAACAUACUCUGUCCAGGAUUACAUGGAGGAAAAGCAGCAGGAGGCCACUCAACUCUGGAAAACAAAGUUAAAGGAAAUGAAGUCCAAGAACGACGAACUUAAGAAAGUAAAAGAGAAAAGGAAGGAACUGAUGAAUGGGGAAGGGGAGGAGAAAGGAAAGGCAGAGGACGUUCAGAAGGAUAUUUUGAUCACACAUUUCUAUGGAAAGCAGUCUGCUGACAGUGACUGUUCUAAGCCGGGAACCCCCACCCCCAUGGCUGCCGAUUCAGCAGAGGAAGGGGAGGACCUGGCGUCCGUUGUCAAACGUCGCAGGAUCACCACGGCCCAGGCGAUGGCGGAGAGGAAGAAGAAGGAAGAAGAGGAGCGGAUCAUGAGACAACAAGAAGCUGAGAUCUAUAAGAAAGAAGCAGAAAAGGAAAGAUUUGAGAGAAAAUUUUCAGAAGGGAUUGCUCUAGCUAAGGCUGUUUUGCGACAGACCCCGAUCGGCAGUGACAGAAACCACAGCAGGUACUGGGUAUUCUCCCAGACAACCCCAGGACUCUACAUUGAGAAAGGAUGGGUGACUGACUAUAUGGAGUACAAUGUUACCAAGUCGCAGGACUCUAAUGAUUCCGACGAAGACAUGGAUGUAAUGGAGGACGAAACCUCAGAGACGCGCACCGCUCGAGAAAAAACGGCUCCUAAAACUGGACAGAACCUGUGGUUUACUUACGACUCAGUCAAGGAACUCGAUGAUCUUAUAAAUAGCCUGCAUCCCCAGGGAAUCCGGGAAAAUCACCUCAAAGCCGAGCUAAAGAAAAGAUACGAUAUCGUCCACAAAGCUGUGAUACGUGCCAACAGAACUAACUUGGAACUCAGGGAUUGUGAUGGAGAGAAAGGCUUGUUGGAUGCCUAUAAAAAGACGUCUGAAAUUGAUGAAAUUGAGCCUCACUUUAAAAAGGAACUGCUGGACACAGAGCUGAAGCUUAGGAAUGGGGGACUGGGAGGAGUGGAGGACUUCCCUGUGUGGGAGAAGAAGCUGGAGACAUCCACUGACCUACAGAGCUUGGUGGAGUGUUUAUUGGAAGUUCAGGAGAAUGUACUGGAGAAGUUCCGUCAGGGCAUUAUGGCUGUCAGCAAGAAGAAGAUCUUGGUGAAGUCAGAGGAUGACAGUGAUGCUGAGGAGAAAGAGGAGGAGAUCAGUGUCUGUCAGGGGAUAUCUAAGUGGAGGGAUGCGGUGGAGAAUGCCAGCACCUUGUCCAGACUUCACGUCCUGCUCGGGAUCAUGGACGCCAGCAUCAAGUGGGAGAAGUCGGCAGAGAACGCUAAAUGCAAGAUUUGUCGGAAGAAGGGGGAUGACUCUGCCCUGCUUCUAUGUGAUGAAUGUAAUCAGGCAUUUCACAUGCACUGUUUACGGCCGGCAAUGUUCCAGAUACCUAAAGGGGACUGGCUCUGUCCAGCUUGUGAUCCAAAUCAUACAAGAAGAAGAGCCCGAGAUAUACCAAAGAAUUACAAUGUAUCAGACUCAAACGAUGAGGCCAGUGAUGAGAGUGAAGUAGAACACGAGGAGAAGUGUGUACAGUGUGGGCACGACGAGAACCUGAUUCUGUGUGCUAAGUGUCCUGCCGCCUACCACCUGGAGUGCCACGAACCACCGCUAAGGCGACCUCCCAGAGGUCUCUGGGAAUGUAAUGAAUGUAAGACAGGGGUCAAAAGGUCGACAAGAUCAAAAACUGUUAGAAAAGAGGCCAGAAAGAGCAAGCGAGCCGCGCCCCGACGUCAGCAUUACGAGGAGUCAGACGGGAGUACGACCGAGAUGGACGAAGACACUGACGGAGAGGCGACAGAGGAAGGGUCUGCCUCGGAGGAGGAAGUGUCCUCUCCUCCUAGGAAGUCUCAGCGACGAUCUUGUGACACCACAGCUAGACAGGGCCGACCGGCUGGAACCAGUCGCACGAGGGACCGGGGGAGGAGACGAGGGACAGAGGAGAGUGAGGGGGAGGAGGAAGUGUCCACGUCCAGGGGCGGGGCCUCACGGAGGGCACCAUCCGACCUGUCUAUAUGUGAACAGAUCGUAGCAAACACAAUGAAACACAAAGCUUGCUGGCCAUUCUUAAAUCCUGUCAAUAAAAAGGAGGUCCCAGACUACUACCAGAUCAUAAAGCACCCGAUGGACUUCCAGAUCAUCAAGGACCGGCUCCAGUGCCUGGUGUACGGGUCUCCCAUGGAGGUCGUGGAGGACGUGAAGCUGGUCUUCAACAAUGCCGAGACCUACAACAAGGAGGGAAGUGAGAUAUUGGAUUGUAUGAGAGACGUGGAGACCUACUUUUCUGGACAAAUGAAGAAACAUCUCCCCUCAUUUCCGUAUUACCGACGGACUCUGACAAACGGACAUGUUGGUUGAAAACACGAAUGAAAGAGAACAUGUAGAAUCAUGUGGAGGAUGAAGGCUUGGGUGUAACAGUAAACAAACAAGUGCUCUCAAUGUGUAUGUGUUUCUUCCGUGACAUUCUGAGGAAUAAACUCCAUGCUGUCGUUUGAUGUACUUUCUCAGCGAUUAACACUUGGAGGAACUUCCGCAGUGAAACAGUCAGAAGAGUAUUUUCAUUUUCAUGUAAAUUUGAUUUUUGGUCACAAUUUGUCAUUUCAUCAUAAGCCUCAUGUUUUUAGAGUAUAUUUUACAUCAGUAUGAGAAACUACAAAUGGUAUUCAUUUUUUACAUGUGAUCAAGUAUAAGAAAAAAACUUGGAAGAUUUGGUUGACUUUAAACGUCUUUUACUGUACAUAUCCUUUUAUAGACUUUCAUUGUAACAUCUGUGUAGAUGAAAUCAUAAACUUGAUGUCAACUCAACCCAAGCCAGAUUUUUACCUGUCGUGAGAAAUAUUUUUACCUGUUGUAUAUCAAGGUGAUAAAAAGUUAGAAAUCAUGUAGUCAAGUAAUUGUAGAGGACCGAGACCUCGUAGAGAUCAAAUAUUUAUUUACCCUCUACUAGAGAAACUAAUCAUGACAAUGACUAGAGAUAAUAUCAAAUCAAUUGCAUCAUGAUACAUCAACAAAACUUCUUGUUUUAGUAGGAUUUCCGUGCUGUUAUUGUUUGAUGUCUCGGUGUGAAAGUUAACUGUAGCAAGAUUAUUUAUAGACCAGCAGUAACUGUCUCCAUCUGUUUGAUAUAAUGUCUGCAUUCAGAAAAAAAAAUCUUUGUAUCACUCAGAGGCAAAACAAAAUUGAUCAUAAUACUUCUAGGUGUAGUAGAUGAUAUUUUACAGUCAGUGUCUGUUAAUCUAUAAUAAAAUCCUGUCAAACUCA